AUGGACUGCCUUGAACCACCACCAAUAUUUGUCAGAAUUUCACUACAUUCUGUUCAUUUGAUAACAUUCCCUACCUAUGCUUUAGCAUUGUUUUCACUAAUUUUCAUAAAAACAAAAAUAUUUGCAAUUUAUCGAUUUUUCCUCAUUUGGCAUGUUCUGGACAAUUUGUUCUUCGAACUUUAUUCGUCUGUUAUGGUGGAGCCGGCCAUUCAUUCGCCGUAUCUCAUGAUGAGAACUACUGGAAUUUUAUCAAAACUUGGUGUUAGUGGCUCAAUUCAAUUUAAUCUAUUUUCAGUUGCUCUAGCAUAUAAUGGAGCUUCAAUUAGUGAGUUGUUCUACUUCCGGUACAAAGCAAGUGUCAGUUACAAGGAGCAUAAAUUUACGCAUUUUAUUCAAGUUCUUGUAUAUACUAUCAGGACUUUUGCUCUCCUUAGUUUGAUAUUUUCUCUUGCAACUAUGCAUGAAACGUCACGAUUUCAACUUGCUCAAAAAUCUGAUUUUUUGAAGUUAAAUCCUUUAGUAACAAUUGUAAACUGCGACACAGUUUAUCUCAUUGUUCCAUUUUCCGAUUAUGUUUCAUCAAUCACCUCUACAUUGUGGCUUUCUCAAACAAGCUUGCUCAUUAUUUUGGUACCAAGCACAACUUUGUUUGUAAAGUUCAAUUUGCCAACUUCCAUAUCAGAAACUACAUUAAAAGUUCAAAAUCAACUACUGAAAAGUUUGGUAUUUCAAACAAUUAUCCACGCAAUAAUGUUGGGUAUACCUAAUUGUAUGUUUAUAUAUGCAUUCUUCAAUGGAUAUAAAGAUGAAACGCUGGCCUACAUUGCAUUUAUCUGCUUAACCUACCACGGAUUUGCUUCGACACUUGCCUUGAUAAUAUUUACAAAACCACUAAGAAACUACAUUCUUGAAACUUUGAAAUUAAAGAAAACAUCUAGCAUUCAAGUUUCUAUGAAAGUUUCCAAUUGAAAUAUUGAAAAGUUUCCAAUAAAA